UAGAACUUCCUCAGUUCCAACUCAAGCAUGAUAAAUUGGUUAUUUCUGCUGCCCUUUCACCCAAACACAAUGUAUUAGCCUGUGUGGGCGAUUCUGGCGCUGCACAGCUAUGGAAAACAGAAGAGAUUGAGUCCUAUCUAUCACCCGGGCCCGGCCAGCCAAGCAGCCAGGGGGAUUGCAAAAUCCUCGCAGAACACUAUCGCCUCGAGCACAUAUAUGGCCUGUAUUCCGUCGCACUUUCACAUACACACAAUGUACUGGUGUGCAUGAGCUGUGGAGGUAUCUCCCUUCAGCCAAUCGACCAGCCGUUCGACCAUGAUGAGGAUGACAACUCCCUUACCGAACGCCAUCGCUUCAUGAGCUGUGGAGGUAUGCCCCUUCAGCUAAUGGACCAGCUGUUCGACCAUGAGGAUGACAACUCCCUUACCGAACGCCAUUGCUUCACAACCUGGAUUCCUAUUGCAAAGCUAUGGGAUCCACCAUUCCGUCAACCACAACCACUCGGACAGCCAUUCAGUCAGCCAUUCAGUCAGCCAUUCAGUCGGCCGUUCAGCCAGCCGUUCAGCCAGGAUGAUAGAAACACCCUUCUGUGUGUAUCAUUCUCUCAGGAUGGGAGAUACGUCGCAUAUGGCGGAUACGACAACAAAGUCACUUUGUGGAUGGUGAAUGAGAUAGCCCCGGAGCUUUCGGCCGAUGCUACACAACCUCUCACAGAGGAGGGGGGAGAUGAUCCAUACAGCAACUUUCUCCAGUCAUCCCAGCCAUGUCCUUCGGCACCAUCUGGUCCAUCUCGUCGUUUCCAGGGUCCCUGCCCAUCCUCUGCUCGCCGCCUCUGGAACUUCCUCAUCCCUUCUCGACAUCGCCUGACAGCAAGUGGGUCCAUUAAUAUUGGGCUACAACAAAGCCCAAAGCGCAGUCACACGAGCCCGCAGCCCGUAACAGUCUCUGCCGGAAGAAAAACAAAGAGGGUCUACAUAGCGCGCCCCCCUGCGAAAAAUAAUGCUCAGGCUGGUCAAUCGUUCUCAUCUACAGCUCAGCCUGUUGCGCAGCCAAACCUGACGCCACAGCCACAACCUCACCAUCAGGCAGCAACACAACAACAGCCUCAAGAAGAAGACUAUGGUUGCUAGGGCAACUUUUGCCUCGCCCUCUGGUGCAUCCCACGUCGCACUCGUCCAGCUGUCUCCGCUGCUCAGCCUGUUGCCUCGUGAUGUUACUUUUUCUGUCACUUCCUGUUCCUGUAUCUCCAUCUAUGUGCAAUUUCUUUGGAUACGCGAUUUGCGCUUACUCUUUUGCUUUGCUGUAAUAUGUUAUUUUUGUAUGGUGCACCAGGGCAGUCUGGAGCAGUCCCUCCGUUGGUGUGCCAGGUGUCCUAGAGGCGCAGUGGCUGGAGUCCAAAUUUGUUACAGUUGAUAGAAGAUAUUCUAGAACAUCGCCUCCC